UUUUCAUAAUAACCAGCGUCGAAAAACAAAAAUAAAUCAGCGGAAAAGUACCGACAGACACACACACACACACACACACACACACACACACACAGGCACACACAGGUACUUGUACAGAACUAAGGUACUCCGUACUGUACUCUGUAGAUGGGGUGUGAUGUGAGCUCGAUGCGAUGCGGGAUGUCACGGCAGGGGUUCUUGGAUAUUUAUUUCUUGGGGCUAGCUGCUCAUUGGCGGAUGGAAUAAUUUUAGCCCCUCCAUCAGGACCCCCUUUUUUUCUGGAACUGGAAGUCGCGGUCUGGCCUAGCAACCAGUCCAAAGCGUCCAAGCAGCACCUUGGAUCAGCACCACGACACACGUGCGGUCACCGCCUUCCUUCCAGGGCCCUGGUUCAUCUCCCAGAAGAGGGGGUAAUCUGUGUUGCUGCCCUGUUCCUGCUCUGUCCGCUCUGUCUGCCCAUAACCCCCACUAAGAACCUUCCCAAUUUCCUGACCUGAUCGCAUUGUCUUCGUCUUGAUCGUUGCUUCGAACAAGAUAAUAAACAGCCCGCUGCUCGCUCUUUGUUUCACCAGCAGUUUCUCCUUCUGCUUCUGCUUUGCCCAAGCUUCUUCCUACCUUCCAGUUGACUUUCUCCACAAUGGCUGACAUUAAGGUCGACGUUCUCGUUAUCGGUGCUGGCCCAACCGGUUUGGGUGCUGCUAAGCGUCUCAACCACAUCAACGGUCCCUCGUGGCUGAUCCUCGACGCCAACGAGAAGGCUGGCGGUCUUGCGUCUACCGAUGUCACUCCUGAAGGCUUCCUCUACGAUGUUGGUGGCCAUGUCAUCUUCUCUCACUACAAAUACUUCGAUGACUGCAUCGACGAGGCCCUCCCAAAGCCAGACGACUGGUACACCCACCAGCGUAUCUCAUACGUUCGUUACAAGGGCCAAUGGGUUCCCUACCCAUUCCAGAACAACAUCUCGAUGCUUCCCAAGGAGGACCAGGUCAAGUGCAUCGAUGGCUUGAUCGAUGCCGCCAUGGCUGCCCGCGUUGCCACCGAUAAGCCCAAGAACUUUGACGAGUGGAUUCUCCGGACGUGCGGUGAGGGCGUUGCCGACGUCUUCAUGAGACCCUACAACUACAAGGUGUGGGCUGUUCCCACCACCAAGAUGCAAUGUCAGUGGCUCGGCGAGCGUGUCGCUGCCCCCGACGUUAAGCUGGUGACCCGCAACGUUAUCCUCAACAAGACUGCCGGUAACUGGGGCCCCAACGCCACAUUCCGCUUCCCCGCCAGAGAUGGUACUGGUGGUAUCUGGAUCGCCGUUUCCGACACUCUGCCCGAGAAGAACAAGCGCUAUGGCGAGAAGGGCGAGGUCACCAAGGUCGAUGCCGACAAGAAGGUUGUCACCCUCAAGGACGGCACCACCAUCGGCUACGACAAGCUGAUCAACACCAUGGCUGUUGACCACCUCGUUGAAAAGAUGGGCAGCCAGGAGUUGAUCACUCUCUCCAAGGGUCUCUACUACUCCUCCACCCACGUCAUUGGUGUUGGUAUCCGUGGCGAGCGCCCCGAGCGCAUUGGCGACAAGUGCUGGUUGUACUUCCCCGAGGACAACUGCCCCUUUUACCGCGCCACCAUUUUCUCCAACUACUCCCCAUACAACCAGCCCCAGGCCGACGUCAAGCUGCCCACUCUCUACAAGGCCGAUGGCAGCAAAGCUGACUCGAGCGAGGCCAAGCCCGGUCCAUACUGGUCCAUCAUGUUGGAGGUUUCCCAGUCCACCAUGAAGCCAGUCGAUGAGGAGAACAUCCUCAGGGACUGCAUCCAAGGUCUCAUCAACACGGAGAUGAUCAAGCCCGAGGACGAGAUCAUCUCCACCUACCACCGCAAGUUUGACCACGGUUACCCCACCCCAUCGCUCGAGCGUGAAGGUGUUCUCAAGGAGCUCCUCCCCAAGCUCCAGGCCCAGGGCAUCUGGUCUCGCGGUCGCUUCGGCAGCUGGAGAUACGAGGUUGGCAACCAGGACCAUUCCUUCAUGCUCGGUGUGGAGGCGGUCGACAACAUCGUCAGCGGUGCUGUCGAGUUGACCCUCAACUACCCCGACUUUGUCAACUCCCGCGCCAACACGGAGCGGAGACUUGACCAGCCCUUCUACAGCGCAGGGACACCCCCCAAGGAGCUUCCUUCCAGGGAACGGGCGUAAGUGGUGAUGGGAUAUCCAGUCGGCGAUAGUGAGCGCCGGCUAUAUUGGUAAUACAAAGCAUAUAUGGGAAUGGGAGCGGGAGUUUUGCGUGUAUAGCCUAUCGAGAUUUGGGCCGUAGGUGUUGGGUUGGGGCAUUUACUUGGAAUUUCAAGUAGGUAUGCGGGAACGGAAUAAAACGAUUUCCAGUGACGGUAAAGCAAGGCAUAGAGAGAAUUCCUGCCAGCUACACGUUAUAGAGUCAAAAGAUAGAACUAAUACAGGCUUGACGGCGUGAACAUUUCAGGGCAUCGGAUCUCUCUGCUAAGGAUGCUUGAUUGUACUCUG